GAGGAACACAGUUGUGCCAAGCGUCCGCGAUUCUCGAUCGGAGUUCGGCAAUCUUUGGUGGCCAGAAUAGCGCGAUUCGAGGGUGUAAAGACUCGAUUAGAAAGACAAUUUAUACCUAGUGGUGGUGAUUAUAGUGGUAACAAUAAAGCGGAAAGACUCGUUUGGCGAGAGAUCGAUACCGCGUUCGAAAACCGCAUAUUGACCGGUGCGGUGAUUAACACAAACUAUAUCGAACCGCGUCAAUUUCUCGAGGAUGUCAAAGACAUUGUGCUCGAACACGUGCAAAACGCGAUAAAAAAACAUUUUAAUAUAAAAGUGAAUACUGUGUUCAACGGCGAGUUUGUGACAGGUGAUAAGCGCGCAAAUAAAAGCAUUAAUAUGAAAAACUGUGAACUAUUUUGAACAUCAGAUUUACACGACUGGUAUGAGCGACGCGUUAUCGAGCCCACUCUAGCAUCGCUCGAAGAAUUUCAAGAACGCGAUAGUGGGUGGGCUUUGUCGCGAAUACUAGAUUUGACAAUUAAUAUAAAUAAAUAUAAUCCAAUGCGUGCAGGAUGUCACAUAAAAUUACCGCAAGAAAUAAUGAAGAAGAAAGCGGUAAUAAACAUGCAAUUUAACGACAAUGCGUGUUUUGCAUGGUCUGUGGUUGCUGCUCUAUAUCCAGUUGAAAGAAAUUCAGAACGAGAAUCAUCGUAUUUACAUUAUACGGCAGUGCUGAAUCUCCAAGACAUUGAGUUUCCAGUGACUGUGAAUCAAAUUAAAAAAUUUGAACGUGCCAAUGAUAUCUCCAUAAAUGUAUAUUGCCUCGAAGAAAAGAACAUUGUCCCGAUUCGACUGAGCGAGCUAAAGAGAGAUAAACACAUCAACUUGUUUUACGUGCAAGAUCCACGGGACGACAACGUCGGACAUUUUGCAUGGAUCAAGAAUUUAUCCCGGCUCGUGAGCUCGCAAUUGAGCAAGAAAGAGCACAGAAAAUAUAUUUGUGAUCGAUGUUUACACUAUUUUGAAUCCAACAACAAGUUGCAGUCGCACACGAUAGAUUGCCAACAAAUGAACGAGUGCGCCAUCCGGUUACCGAGCGAGAAGGAUAAAUGGCUCGAGUUCAACAAUUACAACAGGAAAGAGCUGCUGCCUUUUGUCGUAUACGCCGACUUAGAGUGCAUGCUGAAGAAGACUAACAAUGAUCCGAUAAUGUCUACAUACACAUUUCAACAUCACGAGGUAUUUAGCGUAGCUUAUUAUAUACAUUGCGCGUACGAUGAAACAUUAUCCGCGUAUUAUUCUCGCCGUAAUGUCGAUUGUAUCACGUGGUUUGUCGAAGAACUUAAAAAUUUAGCGCACCGUGUAAAAAAUAUAAUAUUCGCGAAUGUUCCUAUGGUAACUCUCUCACACGAACAGUGUGAGACAUUUCGCAGCGCAACGCAUUGCCAUAUUUGCGAGAAACCAUUCGCGCCGGACGAUACACGAGUACGCGAUCAUUGUCAUUCGACCGGGCGAUACCGAGGUCCCGCGCAUUCGAAUUGUAAUUUAAAUUAUAAAGACUCUUUUUACAUUCCAAUAGUUUUUCAUAAUUUAUCCGGUUAUGAUUCACAUUUUAUUAUCAGGGAAAUAGCUACAGCUUUCGAAGGGAGAAUUGACGUAUUACCGAUAACGAAAGAAAAAUAUAUAUCUUUUACAAAAAAUGUUAAACUUGCAGAAGAAAAAAAUCAUAUCAAAUUGCGUUUUAUAGAUUCAUAUAAAUUUCUUUCGGCCAGCCUUGACAAAUUAGCAUCUUUUUUAAAUAAAGAUAAAUUCAAAAUUUUAAAAUCAAAAUUUCAAAAUGAAGACAAUUUCAAUUUAUUAACACGGAAGGGUAUCUUUCCGUACGAAUAUAUUGACUGCGUAGACAGGUUGAAAGAUACGUGUUUACCACCGCGCGAUUCAUUUCACAAUUCUUUAACCGGUGACACUGUAUCCGAGAGCGAUUACGCGCACGCCAAGACUGUCUGGAAGCGGUUCUCCAUUCGAACGCUAGGCGAAUACAGCGAUCUUUAUUUAAAAACAGAUGUCUUGUUAUUAGCAGAUAUUUUUGAAAAUUUCGCGAAAGUUGCAUUAAAAGUUAUGGCCUCGACUCCGCGUAUUAUUACACUUUGCCAGGUUUCACAUGGGAUGCCAUGUUGA